AAACAUUGAAAAAAGGAUUUAUAUGUUGUUCAUGGAGGAAUAUUUUUUUUUUUAUACAUAACAUACAUAACAAAAUUUUAAGCUACACCGUAAAGUUGUGUCACUAAAAAUCGAUAGUGUAACAAAAAGUCUCGUACUACACAGAUCAAAAGAAUUCCUAAUAAAAAAAUGGGAAAAUUCAGACCUGAUAAAAAACCAUUCAAGUUCUCAACUAUAGAAGAAAUUAAUAUGUCGGCCUCAACUUCAGCUAAACAACCAACUAUAGAGUUAAGUGACUUGGAUAUAACUCAAUUAGUUGAAAUUAAGAAACAAUUAGAAGAGGAAUUAGCACAUUUGACAGCUUCGUAUGAAAAACUUAAACAAGCUCAAACUCGUUUUCAAGAUUGUAUAGAUAGUGUAAAAACUAUUAAAGAAGGAAAAGAUAUUCUUCUUGUUCCGUUAACACAAUCGCUUUAUGUACCAGGAGAAUUGGUUGAUACUGAUAAAGUAAUGGUAGAUGUUGGAACAGGCUAUUAUGUUGAAAAGAAUUCGGUCGAUGCUAUAAAUUUUUAUUCUGAUAAAGUCGAGUAUGUAAAAAAGAAUGUUGAAACUUUACGACAAACAAUUUUAACUAAACAGAGCAAUUUAAGAUCAACAAUUGAUAUUAUGCAAUAUAAGAUUUCUCAAGGAGCUCAAGGAGCUUCAAGUUCUCAAACUAAAUAAAUCUUUAUUAAUUAAUUAUCGAAUAGUGUGGUUUGUAUUUUUAAGAAAGUGCAA